GUCAACUCUGGGCGGAUAUAGUGACAGUUUAAAAUCGCACAUUCAACCACAGUCACUAUGGGGUCGUGUAUAGGUCGUGUAUAUGAUUCUCUCGAUACAAAACUAGUCGAUAAAUAUGAAAAGCUGUUAUCCAGGGAGCUGGUGAAGGAAGUCAAGGCAUCGCCUGAAGCCUCCUUGGCCUGGGCUGGUGUUUUCGUUAUCCUUCCUAUCCUUACUAACCCCAGCGCAUCGGCUCAAGCAAAUAAAGAGGGCUUCACGUAUGUGAUAUCUCGUAUGCGAUUCUACAUCGCUCUAGAGUCUCAGCUACUCCCCGAGAACCAGAAGGGGAGACUGAUCUGUAUCAAGAACCUCGAAGAGUUGAUCGACAGCGACAUGAGAAAAAUAAACACUAUCGCUUCCACAAAGAAACUGGAAGGGAUUCGUUAUUCAGCCGGCGAUUUCAUCGCAUCCAUGCAUAACAUGGAGGCCCUGUCGCAGAGACAAUUGGAGGUGCUGGAGCAGACCCGCGACAUUGACAAGGAAAUCGCGACACAUGUUUUAUCCCAAGAUGAAGCCAAUGCCAUCAGCUAUUUUGGCUUACAAACCGUGAAACUGGCACCUCGUACGAAUGACUCGGAUCAGAACACCUUGAAUCAGGCAUUGUGUGCUCUACUGCAUCAACUCUUUACUUUUGAUGGUCGCCUGAUUCAACAUGUCUUGCCGCAGUAUAGAAGGAACGGUGAUGACCUGGUUAAUGUAACUGAUGCCCUUUGGCGUAUCCUAUGGGAAGCCAGCAGCGAACCCAGAGCAGGAACAGUGGUCUUUGCUUUGGAUACACUGGACGAGUGCAAGCCCGAGGAUAUCCAAACCUUGGUGAUGAUGAUUGAGGACAAGCUUUAUGACCAGACUCGCGAGUCAGGGGUGAUAAAGUUUCUUUUCACCAGUCGACCGUACUGGGAAAUUAUGACCUGGUUCAAUAAACUAGUCGCAUUUUCCCCCUACAUUCACAUACCAGGCGAAGAUCAUUCAAAGGAAAUUGGUGAAGAGGUGAACCUUGUUAUAUCACAUGAGGUAAAUGAAUUGGUUCGGACUAAGGUGUUAUCUUUGGAGAACAAGAUGAACAUCGGAAUUAACAUUGACCAGUCAGUGAUAUUUGAUUAGGAAAUAAAGCUUGAAAGUGAUGUUGACUUCAAGACAACCCUCCGGCAUCUCUGGUUUAUUCAUCUCAGUUCAUGACAAUAAAAUCUCGUUUCUUCA